AUGGAUGGCGCUAACUUUACUCCUCAGCAGAAGACCGAGCUCAUCAACCGGGUUCGUUCGGAAGUGCAGCAGCAAGCGCUGCAAGAAUUGACUCAAAAUUUGCAAGAGAAGUGCUUUGAUAAAUGCAUUUCACGCCCAAAUGGCAAGCUCGACGGAAAGCAACAAAACUGUCUAGCUUUGUGCAUCAACAGAUACAUUGACACCAUGAAGGUAGUCUCGGAGGCAAUGGUCCAGCGCGGUCCACAGGGGUGA